AGAGCCGGAGCAGAGGCGCCGAGCACGCGGAGAGAACCCCGCCUCGGUGCCCGUCUCUCCCGAGCGCACCGCGCCCCUUUGUCGAGGAGAAGCAGCGGCGCCAUCUUCUCCGGCGCCGCUUGCGCUUCCCUGCUCGGUCGCUCAGCGCCCUUCCUCGUGGCUCCCCGGCCCACCCCUUGCGCCCCGAGGGCUGAGCGGCCGGCCAAGGGAAGGGUGCAGCCGGGAAGCCCACCGCGCCGCCUCCUCGCUUUCCCUGGGACGACGGACGGCGUUCCUGGGAGCCUCGCUCCGUGCCCCCUUCCCGCAGGUGGCGGGGCUGGCGAGCGAGCCGCGGGCCUGGGAAGCCCCGGCAUUGCUCGGCUCCAGCAGGGCCCCUUGGACGAGGCGGUCCGAUACUGCGAGCAACCCCCGGUUCUGUUUGAGAAGCCAAAGGGCCCCGGCGGCAGCUGCUUCCCAGAAAGGGCAGCCAUUCCCACGGCGUGGCCAAGUUCCUGCUGUAUUCCAACACGGUGGAGCCAGGCUGCCUGAUGGAGCCCGACCAGGAGGCCACCCUCAAGAGCUGCCACUUCAACGCAUCCCUCCCGCUGGUGAUGAUCAUCCACGGGUGGUCGGUGGACGGAAGACUAGAAGGCUGGAUUUGGAAACUGGCUGAAGAGCUCAAAUCCCACCUAGCUCAAACCAACAUCAUCAUUGCUGACUGGCUCCCUCUUGCACAUGCGCAUUACCCCGUUGCUGUCCAGAAUACGCGAGAUGUUGGCCAAGAAAUUGCUCGCUUCCUAGAAUGGCUGGAGGAAUCCUUGCAGUUUCACCGAGGUGAUGCCCACCUGAUUGGGUACAGCCUGGGGGCCCACGUGGCCGGUUUUGCCGGCAGCUCCGUGAGAGGCGGUGGGAAGAUCGGCAGGAUUACUGGCCUGGAUCCUGCCGGCCCCCUCUUUGAAGGCAUGUCACCGACAGACCGCCUUUCGCCAGACGACGCUGACUUGGUCGAUGCCAUCCACACCUUCACCCAGCAGCACAUGGGCCUCAGCGUGGGGAUCAAGCAGCCUGUGGCUCACUUUGACUUCUAUCCCAAUGGGGGAACUUUUCAGCCUGGCUGCCACAUCAUGCAUGUUUACAACCACAUUGUGCAAUAUGGAAUCACGGGGCUCACCCAGACGGUGAAAUGUGCCCAUGAGAGGUCGGUUCACCUGUUUAUUGACUCCCUGCGGCACAGUCAGAAGCAGAUCACAGGCUACUGGUGCAAAAACAUGCAGAUGUUUGACAAGGGACGCUGCCUCGACUGCCGGGCAAACCGGUGCAACACCCUGGGCUAUCAUAUCCGGAAGGCCCGGGUGCCUGGCAGCCAGAGGCUGUUCCUGAAGACCCAAGCCCAGAUGCCGUUCAAAGUUUAUCACUAUCAGUUUAAAAUCCAUUUCAUCCACGAAUUCCAAGAACGUCAAAUUGAUCCAACGUUCACCAUCUCGCUGACCGGCAACAAAGAUGAUGUUGAAAAUCUCUCCAUCACUUUGAUCGAAGGCAUCACUCAAAAUAAAACCUACACCUUUCUUGUUCCUCUGGAUAUUGAUAUUGGAGAGCUGAUGAUGAUCAAACUGAAAUGGGAAGGAACAGCCAUCUGGGAAAACAUUUGGGACACCGUCCAAACCAUCAUCCCUUGGCGAAAGGGAGACCGUCGGCCAGGACUUAUUGUGAAAUCCAUACGAGUCAAGGCAGGAGAAACUCAGCAGAAAAUGACAUUCUGUUCUCAGCAUGUGGAUAGUUUGCACCUCUAUCCAGGUCAUGAGAAAAUGUUUGUGAGAUGCGAAGUCAGUUCCCAACAGCUGUAGUGAGCAUAUGGAUGAUAAGCCAGAAUUCGAAAAAGCUGGCAAAGGUCCGGAAGAGAUGCUUCUCAGCUUUAUCUUCUCCGCAGAAAAAGAAAAAAGAAACACCUUUGUGUUUUUGUUUUUUUGGUACAAACACACCAAUGUUGCGACAUAAAAAAACGUGAUGGAUCAGGAAGUACUGUACACCGUUUAGGUUCAAGAUUAAAUUGAUUGAACAAAUAAAAAGGGAAUAAAAAGUGAAAACUACUAAACUAAA